AUGGUCAACAUGCGUGCAGUCGACAUCAAGAAUGGCAAGGGCCCUGCCACUUCCCUCUUCAUCAACGAGAUCGAACGUCCCAAGCCCACCGCCGCACAAGCUCUCAUCCGCGUCAAGGCCUUUGGUCUCAAUCGCAUGGACCUGCUCCAGCGCGAAGGAAACUANCCCCUCCCUCCCCAAGCUCCCAAAACCCUCGGUGUCGAGUUCAGCGGUAUAAUUGAGGAGCUUGCGUCAGAGAGCGAGAGCGGUUUCAAGAAGGGCGAUGCUGUCUUUGGUCUGGCAUACGGUGGUGCUUAUGCAGAGUACAUUGUCGUGAGCACGCAUAUGCUCGUCCACAAGCCUGAUGAGUUGAGCUUUGAGGAGUGCGCCGGUAUCCCUGAGGUUCAAUACACANNGACAUGGAUCACCGCCCUCCAAGCAAUGUACAUGGUCGCCGACUACAAGCCCAACCAAUCCAUCCUCUGGCACGCCGGCGCCUCCAACGUCUCCAUUGCCGGAAUCCAACUCUCAAAAGCCGACUCGGCCUCCAAGAUCUUCGCUACCACCCGCUCCGACGAAAAGAACAAGUUUGUUGUCGAGAAGCUCGGCGCCACCGCGGCCUUCAACUCAGAAACCCAAGAUUGGGCUGAAGAGCUUUUGAAGGCAACAGAUGGCAAGGGUGUGGACGUUAUUGUCGAUUUCAUGGGCGCUGGCUUCUUCGCCAGCAACCUGAAGGCUGCAGCCAGGGACGCCCACAUCGUCACCCUCGCCGCACUGACGGGCAUGAAGCUGCCCGCCGAGACCGACAUGGGUGCUUUCCUGUUCAAGAGAGUGAGACUGGAGGGCUCAACACUCAGAGCAAGAGACGAAAAGUACCAGGGCAAGUUGAGGGAUCAGCUUGUCGAGCACGCUCUGCCCAAGUUCAAGGACGGCACUUUCAAGGCUUAUGUCGAGAAGGUCAUGGAUUGGGAGAAAAUUGUCGAGGCUCAUCAGCUCAUGGAGUCGAACAAGACAAAGGGCAAGAUCAUCAUGACCAUCAACUGGUAG